GGGUCGCCAUGAGAGAGAAGCAUUACCUUGAGGCCGCGGCGCGGAAACUACAAGCUAGCUGCCCGGGCCAAGCCCGCUAUCUCCUCUGGGCCUACAGUUCAUCACACGAUGCUAAGAACACUUUUGAAGAAACCUGUCCAUACUGUUUCCAAUUGCUGGUGUUGGAUAACUCCCGAGUGCGCCUCAAACCGAAGCCCAAACUGACUCCCAAAAUACAGAAACUUCUGAAUCGAGAAGCAAAAAGUUACACUCUCAGUUUUAAAGAAGCAAAAAUUGUGAAAAAGUACAAAGAUGCCAAAAGUGUAUUGUUGGUUACUUGUAAAACAUGCAACAAGACAGUUAAACAUCAAGGUAAAAGUAGAAGCUUUCUCUCCUCCCUGAAGAGCAGUCGCGGCACUCCUGCGGCUAACCCCGCCCUGAAGACCCCGAAGGGGAAGGCUCCGAGCUCUGCCAGCCGCAAUCAUGAGCUGUCUAGUUCCAAGGGCAAGAGCCCUGCCUGGAUAUUCAGAACACCUACACCUGGACAGUCAACACCCACUUUCUCUUCCUCAAGAAGUACGAGCAAAACAAAGAAACACUUUUCUCAACUAAAAAUGUUGCUCAGUCAGCAAGAAUCCCAAAAGAGCCCAAAGAUGGACUUCAGAAAUUUCUUGUCUUCUCUGUAAAAGAUGGAUUUUGAAAAUAAGAAAUGUCUAAUGUAAUUUCUGAAAUUAAAACUAAUCAGAAAAACAAGAAUUUUUUGCUUUAAAAGAAAUGAAUAUGAGGUCCAAGAGCAAACUUUUCUUUGGCAUCCAUCAAUGAUUAUGGGGAAAUACCUUACUAGAAUGAGUACCUGAGUCCUGCCUACUUCUGAAGGAAGGUGUUUGUAUCACAAAUCACAGGAAGGAGUCAAGAGAUAUGUGGACUUUAAAACGUUCUCGUGAUUUAUGCCGUUUUCUUUCUAAGGAAACUGAGACCGAUUUCUCCUAGGAAUCAGUAGCCUCCGGACUAAUUCACAAAGAGGACCAAGCAUCUCUGUCUUUGUGUCCCCACAAUCACCUGAAUAGCUUAAACUGUAAAAUCUCAAUGUUGUUGCUAUUUUCAGAACAAAAUAAUUUGCUCUGGCGAAGACCUAUUUCCAGGUCUGAAAAUUACAUCAGCUCCAGAAGUUUUAUCUUCACUAUCUUAAAUCUUUUCUGGAACAGAUAUACACCUUGAAAAAAAAAGAUAAGGUAGGGAUGUAGCCAAUGUACCUUUUUAAAAGCUCUUCAAAUAAAUGAUUUAGAUACUUUGGACUAUAA